CCUUCUCCCGCCCCGCUCCGUCCCCCUCCGCCGCCUCCUCCGCCGCCGCAGCUCUCGUCGACGCCGCGCAAAGGAUCCACCGCGUCGCCUUCUCCGCCUCCUCCUCUCCGCUCCGAGGGCCUCUCUCUCUCGGAAGAUUACACAAACCUGGGGAUUUAUCUUCUCUUUGUAUGGCACUGCACAUUUGAGAAACCGUGCAAUUGUACUGUUUGGUCAGCAGGACAACAAUGACAUCCACACAUGUGGCGACCUUGGGAGUUGGUGCCCAGGCACCUCCUCGUCGCCAGAAAAAUUCAGCUGGUACAGCAUUUGUAUCAUCUGGGUCAUCAAGACCCUCGUACCGAAAGAAUGGUCAGCGUACUCGGUCACUUAGGGAGGAAAGCAAUGGGGGUGUGUCUGAUUCCAAAAAGCUUAACCAUUCUAUUCGCCAAGGUCUUGCUGGCAUCAUUGACCUCCCAAACGACACAGUUUCAGAAGUUGAUAUUUCACAUGGUUCCGAAGAUCCCAGAGGGCCUACGGUCACAGAGUCCUACCAAAUGAAUGGGAUUAUCAAUGAGACACAUAAUGGGAGGCAUGCUUCAGUGUCCAAGGUUGUUGAAUUUUGUACGGCACUUGGUGGCAAAACACCAAUUCACAGUGUAUUAGUGGCCAACAAUGGAAUGGCAGCAGCUAAGUUCAUGCGGAGUGUCCGAACAUGGGCUAAUGAUACUUUUGGAUCAGAGAAGGCAAUUCAGCUGAUAGCUAUGGCAACUCCGGAAGAUUUAAGGAUAAAUGCAGAGCACAUCAGGAUUGCCGAUCAAUUUGUAGAGGUGCCUGGAGGAACAAACAACAACAACUAUGCAAAUGUUCAACUCAUAGUGGAGAUAGCAGAGAGAACAGGUGUUUCUGCUGUUUGGCCUGGUUGGGGCCAUGCAUCUGAGAAUCCCGAACUUCCAGAUGCGCUGACUGCAAAAGGAAUUAUUUUUCUUGGGCCACCAGCAUCAUCAAUGCAUGCAUUAGGAGACAAGGUUGGUUCAGCUCUCAUCGCUCAAGCAGCUGGAGUUCCAACACUUGCAUGGAGUGGGUCACAUGUGGAAAUUCCUCUGGAGUGUUGCUUGGACUCAAUACCUGAUGAGAUGUAUAGGAAAGCUUGUGUUACUACCACGGAGGAAGCAGUUGCAAGUUGUCAGGUGGUUGGUUACCCUGCCAUGAUUAAGGCAUCUUGGGGUGGUGGUGGUAAAGGAAUAAGGAAGGUUCAUAAUGAUGAUGAGGUUAGGACAUUAUUUAAGCAAGUUCAAGGUGAAGUACCUGGUUCCCCAAUAUUUAUCAUGAGGCUUGCAGAUCAGAGUCGACAUCUUGAAGUUCAGUUGCUUUGUGAUCAAUAUGGCAAUGUAGCAGCACUUCAUAGUCGAGAUUGCAGUGUACAACGGCGACACCAAAAGAUAAUCGAGGAAGGACCGGUUACUGUUGCUCCUCGUGAGACUGUGAAAGAGCUUGAGCAGGCAGCAAGGAGGCUUGCUAAAGCUGUGGGUUAUGUUGGUGCUGCUACUGUUGAAUACCUUUACAGCAUGGAAACUGGCGAAUACUAUUUUCUGGAACUUAAUCCACGGCUACAGGUUGAGCAUCCUGUCACUGAGUGGAUAGCUGAGGUAAACUUGCCUGCAGCUCAAGUUGCUGUUGGAAUGGGUAUACCCCUUUGGCAGAUCCCAGAGAUCAGGCGCUUUUACGGAAUGAACUAUGGAGGAGGCUAUGACCUUUGGAGGAAAACAGCAGCUCUAGCGACUCCAUUUAACUUUGAUGAAGUAGAUUCUAAAUGGCCAAAAGGCCAUUGUGUAGCUGUUAGAGUAACUAGUGAGGAUCCAGAUGAUGGAUUCAAGCCUACUGGUGGAAAAGUGAAGGAAAUAAGUUUCAAGAGUAAACCAAAUGUUUGGGCCUAUUUCUCAGUAAAGUCUGGUGGAGGCAUUCAUGAAUUUGCUGAUUCCCAGUUUGGACAUGUUUUUGCAUAUGGAACUACUAGAUCAGCAGCAAUAACUACCAUGGCUCUUGCACUAAAAGAGGUUCAAAUUCGUGGAGAAAUUCAUUCAAAUGUGGACUACACAGUUGACCUCUUGAAUGCCUCAGAUUUCAGAGAAAAUAAGAUUCAUACUGGUUGGCUGGAUACCAGGAUAGCCAUGCGUGUUCAAGCUGAGAGGCCCCCAUGGUAUAUUUCAGUCAUUGGAGGGGCUUUAUACAAAACAGUAACUGCCAACACAGCCACUGUUUCUGAUUAUGUUGGUUAUCUUACGAAGGGCCAGAUUCCACCAAAGCAUAUAUCCCUUGUCUAUACAACUGUUGCUCUGAAUAUAGAUGGGAACAAAUACACUAUUGAGACUGUGAGAAGUGGACAUGGUAGCUACAGAUUGCGAAUGAAUGAAUCAGAGGUUGAAGCAAAUGUACAAACAUUAUGCGAUGGUGGACUUUUAAUGCAGCUGGAUGGAAACAGCCAUGUAAUUUAUGCUGAAGAAGAGGCCGGUGGUACACGACUUCUUAUUGAUGGAAAGACAUGCAUGUUACAAAAUGAUCAUGAUCCAUCAAAGUUAUUAGCUGAGACACCAUGCAAACUUCUUCGUUUCUUGGUUGCUGAUGGUGCUCAUGUUGAUGCUGAUGUACCAUAUGCGGAAGUUGAGGUUAUGAAGAUGUGCAUGCCCCUCUUGUCACCUGCUUCUGGUGUCAUACAUGUUGUAAUGUCCGAGGGCCAAGCAAUGCAGGCUGGUGAUCUUAUAGCUAGGCUUGAUCUUGAUGACCCUUCUGCUGUGAAAAGAGCUGAACCAUUUAAUGAUACCUUUCCAAAUAUGUGUCUUCCUAUUGCUGCUUCUAGUCAAGUUCACAAAAGAUGUGCUGCAAGUCUUAAUGCUUGUCGAAUGGUCCUUGCGGGAUAUGAGCAUAAUAUUGACAAGGUUGUGCAAGAGUUGGUAUACUGCCUGGACAGUCCCGAGCUUCCUUUCCUGCAGUGGGAUGAGCUUAUGUCUGUUUUAGCAACUAGACUUCCACGAAAUCUUAAGAGCGAGUUGGAGGGCAAAUAUGAGGAAUACAAAGUUAAGUUUGACUCUGGGAUAAUCAACUAUUUCCCUGCCAAGAUAUUAGGAGGGAUAAUUGAGGCAAAUCUUGCAUGUGGUUCUGAGAAGGAGAAGGCUACAAAUGAGAGGCUUGUUGAGCCUCUUAUGAGCCUACUGAAGUCAUACGAGGGUGGGAGAGAAACCCAUGCUCAUUUUGUUGUCAAGUCCCUCUUCGAGGAGUAUCUCUAUGUUGAAGAAUUGUUCAGUGAUGGGAUUCAGUCUGACGUGAUUGAACGUCUGCGCGUUCAACAUAGUAAAGACCUACAGAAAGUUGUUGACAUUGUGUUGUCCCACCAGAGUGUGAGAAAUAAAACUAAGCUGAUACUAAAACUCAUGGAGAGUCUGGUUUAUCCAAGUCCUGCUGCCUACAGGGAUCAAUUGACCCGCUUUUCUUCCCUUAAUCAUAAAGCGUAUUAUAAGUUGGCACUUAAAGCUAGUGAACUUCUUGAACAAACAAAACUUAGUGAGCUUCGUACACGAAUAGCAAGGAACCUUUCAGAGCUGGAGAUGUUUGCUGAGGAAAGCAAGGGCCCCUCCAUGCGUAAGCGAGAAAUGGCCAUCACGGAGAGCAUGGAAGAUUUAGUUACUGCCCCACUGCCAGUUGAAGAUGCACUUAUUUCUUUGUUUGAUUGUAGUGAUCCAACUGUUCAGCAGAGAGUGAUUGAGACUUACAUAGCUCGAUUAUAUCAGCCUCACCUUGUGAAGGAUAGUAUCAAAAUUAAAUUGAUAGAGUCAGCUAUUAUUGCUUCAUGGGAAUUUCCUGAAGGACAUUUUGAUACAAGAAAUGGAGGAGCAGUUCUUGGUGAGAAGAGAUGGGGUGCCAUGGUCAUUGUCAAGUCUCUUGAAUCAGUUUCAAUGGCCAUUAGAGCUGUACUAAAGGAGACAUCAGACUACAGUAGCUCUGAAGGCAACAUGAUGCAUAUUGCUUUGUUGGGUGCUGAUAAUAAGAUGGAUAUAAUUCAAGACAGUGGUGAUUAUGAUCAACUUCCAUUAAUACUAAAGGAUAAUAUAACUGAUCUGCAUGCCUCUGGUGUGAAAGUAAUAAGUUGCAUUGCUCAAAGAGAUGAAGCACGGAUGACAAUGCGUCAUACCUUCCUUUGGUCUGAUGAAAAGUUUUCUUAUGAGGAAGAGCCGAUUCUCCGGCAUGUGGAACCUCCUCUUUCUGCACUUCUUGAGUUGGACAAGUUGAAAGUGAAAGGAUACAAUGAAAUGAAGUAUACCCCAUCGCGGGAUCGUCAAUGGCAUAUCUACACACUUCGAAAUACUGAAAAUCCCAAAAUGUUGCACCGGGUAUUUUUCCGGACCAUUGUAAGGCAACCUAGUGCAUCCAACAAGUUUUCGUCAGGCCAGAUUGGUGACAUGGAAGUAGGGAGUGCUGAAGAACCUCUGUCAUUUACGUCAACCAGCAUAUUAAGAUCUUUGAUGACUGCUAUAGAAGAAUUGGAGCUUCAUGCGAUUAGAACUGGUCAUUCACACAUGUAUUUGUGUGUAUUGAAAGAACAAAAGCUUCUUGAUCUUGUUCCAGUUUCAGAGAAUACAGUUUUGGAUGUUGGUCAAGAUGAAGCUACUGCCUGUUCACUCUUGAAAGAAAUGGCUAUGAAGAUACAUGAACUUGUUGGUGCAAGAAUGCACCAUCUUUCUGUAUGCCAAUGGGAAGUGAAACUUAAGUUGAACUGCGAUGGGCCUGCCAGUGGUAGCUGGAGAGUUGUAACGACCAAUGUUACUAGUCAUACUUGCACUGUGGAUAUCUACCGUGAGGUGGAAGAUACAGAAUUACAGAAAUUAGUAUACCAUUCUGCCACUCCGGUAGGUGGUCCUCUGCAUGGUGUAGCAUUGAAUAAUUCAUAUCAGCCUUUGAGUGUCAUCGAUCUUAAGCGCUGUUCUGCUAGGAAUAAUAGAACUACAUACUGCUACGAUUUUCCGCUGGCAUUUGAAACUGCAGUGAGGAAGUCGUGGUCCUCUAGUACCUCUGGUGUUUCUAAAGGUGUUGAAAAUGCCCAAUGUUAUGUUAAAGCUACAGAGCUGGUAUUUGCGGACAAACAUGGGUCGUGGGGCACUCCUUUAGUUCCGAUGGACCGUCCUGCUGGACUCAAUGACAUUGGUAUGGUGGCUUGGACCUUGAAGAUGUCCACUCCUGAAUUUCCUAGUGGUAGGGAGAUUAUUGUUGUUGCAAAUGAUAUUACGUUUAGAGCUGGAUCAUUUGGCCCAAGGGAAGAUGCAUUUUUUGAAGCUGUUACAAACCUAGCUUGUGAAAAGAAACUUCCUCUUAUCUACUUGGCUGCAAAUUCUGGUGCUAGAAUUGGCAUAGCAGAUGAAGUGAAAUCUUGCUUCUGUGUUGGGUGGUCUGAUGAUGGCAGCCCUGAACGUGGGUUUCAGUACAUUUAUCUAAGUGAGGAAGACUAUGCUCGUAUUGGCACUUCUGUCAUAGCACACAAGAUGCAGCUAGACACUGGUGAAAUUAGGUGGGUUAUUGAUUCUGUUGUGGGCAAGGAGGAUGGACUUGGUGUGGAGAAUAUACAUGGAAGUGCUGCUAUUGCCAGUGCUUAUUCUAGGGCAUACAAGGAGACAUUUACACUUACAUUUGUGACUGGGCGAACUGUUGGAAUAGGAGCUUAUCUUGCUCGACUUGGUAUCCGGUGCAUACAGCGCCUUGACCAGCCUAUUAUUCUGACAGGGUUUUCUGCACUAAACAAGCUUCUUGGGCGGGAAGUGUACAGCUCCCACAUGCAGUUGGGUGGUCCCAAAAUCAUGGCGACUAAUGGUGUUGUCCAUCUUACUGUUUCAGACGAUCUUGAAGGUGUUUCUAAUAUAUUGAGGUGGCUCAGUUAUGUUCCUGCCUACAUUGGUGGACCUCUUCCGGUAACAACACCAUUGGACCCACCAGACAGACCUGUUGCAUACAUUCCUGAGAACUCUUGUGAUCCUCGAGCAGCCAUCCGUGGUGUUGAUGACAGCCAAGGGAAAUGGUUGGGUGGUAUGUUUGAUAAAGACAGCUUUGUGGAGACAUUUGAAGGCUGGGCUAAGACAGUGGUUACUGGGAGAGCAAAGCUUGGAGGAAUUCCAGUUGGUGUGAUAGCUGUGGAGACACAGACCAUGAUGCAAACCAUCCCUGCUGACCCUGGCCAGCUUGAUUCCCGUGAACAAUCUGUUCCUCGGGCUGGACAAGUGUGGUUUCCGGAUUCUGCUACCAAGACUGCCCAGGCAUUGUUGGACUUCAACCGUGAAGGAUUACCUCUGUUCAUCCUUGCUAACUGGAGAGGAUUCUCUGGUGGACAGAGAGAUCUUUUUGAAGGAAUUCUUCAGGCGGGCUCAACUAUUGUUGAGAACCUUAGGACAUACAAUCAGCCCGCCUUUGUCUACAUUCCCAUGGCCGCGGAGCUACGAGGAGGGGCAUGGGUUGUGGUUGAUAGCAAGAUAAAUCCAGACCGCAUUGAGUGCUAUGCUGAGAGGACUGCAAAAGGCAAUGUUCUGGAACCUCAAGGGUUAAUUGAGAUCAAGUUCAGGUCAGAGGAACUCCAAGAAUGCAUGGGUCGGCUUGACCCAGAAUUGAUUGACCUGAAAACAAAGCUUGAAGCAGCAAACAGAAAUGGAAGUAGUAACGCAAAACUACUUCAGGCCAAUAUAGAAGCUCGAACAAAACAGUUGAUGCCUCUAUACACUCAGAUUGCGAUACGGUUUGCUGAAUUGCAUGACACAUCCCUCAGGAUGGCUGCUAAAGGUGUGAUUAAGAAAGUUGUGGACUGGGAAGAAUCACGAUCUUUCUUCUAUAAGAGAUUACGGAGGAGGAUCUCUGAGGAUGUUCUUGCAAAAGAAAUUAGAGCUGUAGCAGGUGAGCAGUUAUCUCACCAACCAGCAAUCGAGCUUAUCAAGAAAUGGUACUCAGCUUCACAGGCAGCUGAAUGGGAUGAUGACGAUGCUUUUGUUGCUUGGAUGGAUAACCCAGAAAACUACAGGGAUUAUAUCCAAGAUCUUAAGGCUCAAAGAGUAUCCCAAUCCCUGUCAUGUUUGUCAGACUCCAGUUCAGAUUUACAAGCCCUGCCACAGGGUCUUUCCAUGCUACUCGAUAAGAUGGAUCCCUCCAGAAGAACUCAACUUGUUGAGGAAAUUAGAAAGGUUCUUGGUUGAAUCAUAUGAUGCCAAAGCUUUUAUAUGAGGCAAAAAUUGCUUGUGGGCCCCGUCGGAUUGGUGAUGAGUGUAUAUUGGAUUUGUUCUGCCAGAUGAGUGUUUACCAAUGGACCAAUGGUCCUGUAUGGCAUCGUUGUUUCGCACUAGUUCCGUGAUGUACUAUCAUCUGUUGGACGCUGUAAUUAGUGAGCCUCUGCGGAUCCACAGUAUAAGAUUGAGCUAUUGAUUCAAUUUUGAACAAGAAUAAUAUGUUUUUGUAGGCAUAAAAAUGCGCAUCUGUACGUGAAAUAAUAUGUUUGU